ACAAACAAACAAACAAACAAACAAACAACAAACAAUCAGCCUUACCUCCUCUUUCUAUUCUUGUCUUUCUUUUUUUCAUGUCUUUCUUCCCUCCUUCUCAUUUUGUGCCUUGGUGUAAAUACCUGGAAAAUUACUGAGAAGCAGGAAUGACACUAGUGUCAGCUGAGACCAAUGGGGCCUCUUCAUCUUCUCUAGUUACAACAGGAACAGACAUGAGUGCUAUUUUGUUUUCUGCAGAAGUUUUUAGUUAAGACAAUUUUAGCUUUCUGUGAAGUGGAAUGUAUUCCAUGGUGGAAUGAGACUAGGGUGUUCAAGAAGUCUGUAGUGUUCUUUCUUUACAUGGCGCCAUCAGGGGUUCAUUACACUCUAAAGAUCUCCACUAUAUUUCUGCUCUGUCUUGCUUACGUCUUCAAAACUAAUGCUGUUUCCCAGAAAACUCAUCCUUCAUUCAUGGAUCUUUGCGACUCUUUAUCAAACCCUGAUAUUUAGUAUUAGUAUUCCCUGAUACAAUAUUUGAAUUCAGUCACAGAAGAAAACUAUAUUUCCUGAGGGUCAUAUAGAAUAGUAAAUGUGGAAAGACAAUGAUAUUCAAUGAUGGAUAUGCGUGUUAAUAAUUAUUUGUGAGGCACAGAAAUUGAUCUGGCACCCAAAAUCUUUUUACAUGGCAUUAAAGGUUUGUAGGCUUGCCAUUGAAAUGUUGCAAAAUAUUGUUAAAUGCAGUUUCUUUCUCAAAUGGGUGGAUCUAAAACAUAAAUAAGAGAGCAAAGGAGAAGGAUGUAAAAUGAAAGGCUGUCACUCUUUUGCCACAUCUUCUCACUGGACUGGUUUAAAGUAACAUUUCUUAUCUCUGAUACCUGGGGAAAUUUGAAAUUCCAAUAGAGGAACAGCAAUGGUGUGUCAUGAACAUGAAGGCAUGUGAUUGUUUAUUUUAUCAAUUUAUAGGAAAAAACCUGGCAAUUGAAGUUGGACUAGAAUUUAAGAUCUAGUCAUGUAGCUUCCUUAUCAAGAUACCUGGGGUAACUUACUUCCUUUACUUAGAUACUUGUCUCCUUAUUUUUCAGAAUGGAUAUAUAAUUCCCUAUAGAUCAUCCUAGGUCAUGGUUAUGAAGUGUAAGGCAUAUGGAAAUAGCUGGGUAAAUGAUCAUAAAGACUGUAUUCAGGAAGCUACUAAGAAACUGGAUGAGAUGGUUAACUCCUAUGAAAAGUCCAAUUUAUUCUCCUGAAAGAGCCUGAGAACGAAGUCUCUUCCCAUAGCUAGAGUUCACUACUCCAUAGCUCAGUGGACUUCAGAGAUCAAAUACAUGUGCAAAAUUAUGAAAAAAAAACUUGUGUGAUGCUUUUUCCUUCAUGGGGUAUUGGACACAUGGUGUAAUAUCCGAAAACACCCAUCUGACUGUGACAAACGACCCUAUUCUCUCAUGGGCAACUUUAGGAUCAAUGCCUCUGAGGCUCCCAGCUUUAUUCUGACAGGCUUUCCAGGAAUGGAAGCCAUGGAGCCAUGGCUGUCUUUCCCUUUCCUUUUAUUCUAUGCCAUCUCCAUUGUAGGCAAUUCCUUGAUCCUCCUCAUUGUCAAGGAGGAGCAGAGCUUGCACCAGCCCAUGUACUACUUCCUGUCCCUACUGUCUGUGAAUGACUUGGGUGUGUCUUUUUCCACUCUGCCAACUGUUCUGGCUGCCCUUUGUUUCCAUGCCCGAGUGAUCACCUUUAAUGCAUGCUUGGCUCAGAUGUUUUUUAUACAUCUCUUUUCUUGGACAGAAUCUGGCAUUCUUCUAGCCAUGAGCUUUGAUCGCUAUGUAGCCAUAUGUAAUCCACUGCGCUAUGCCACAGUGCUCACCAAUGCCCGGAUUGUGGCAAUGGGCUUGGGAACAGUCCUCCGCAGCUUUGUUCUCAUUGUGGUCUUCCCAGUACUUUUGCAGAGACUUCCCUUCUGCCACCCUCAGAACAUCCUCUCCCAUGCUUACUGCCUGCAUGUGGACAUGAUUAAACUGGCGUGUACUGAUGUUACCCUCAAUAGUCACUAUGGGUUGUCCAUUGUGUUACUCACUUUUGGUCUGGACUCCGCACUCAUCCUCAUCUCUUAUGUGCUUAUCCUGCGAUCAGUGCUGGCCAUUGCAUCUCAAGAGGAGCGUCUCAAGACACUCAACACAUGUGUGUCCCACAUCUUGGCUGUACUCAUCUUCUAUGUGCCCAUGGUCAGCGUGUCCAUUGUGCAUCGUUUUGGGGCUGGCUUACCUCAUGCAGUCCAUAUCCUCAUGUCUAUUCUCUAUCUCUUUGUGCCUCCCAUGUUAAAUCCUGUCAUCUACUCCAUUAAGACAAAGGAGAUUCGCCGGAGACUUCUUAAGAUGCUUUUCAGGAUCAAGUUGUGAGUCUGACAAAGACAGAAAUGGUAUAUGAUCUAGUGUUGGAAGUACAGACAACUAGGUAGCAGAAUAGGGUGAGAUUAACUAGGGUAUUUGAGGUGUGUACUUAAAGUUCCAGGAUCACUGAUAAGAAGUUCAAUGUACAUUAUUAAGAUAGUACCUGCCAACACCAUUUGGGGUCAUACCCAAAACUUAACUUUGUUAACUUUUCUUUAGAGAUAGAAAGAAAUCUUGGUUUCAAGAUAACCAAUCACACUUUUCCCAUCACAACAAGAAAUGUUAUUUUCUAGAUAAACCAAAGACUAAUAUCUUGGUGACACUGUAAGACUUCAAGGGAUGUGCAUGAAACACACAGAUAGGGGUCACUGUGUGUUGGGCUGUGACAUCUGUACCAUGAAUGUUAAAGCAAUAGUGACUUGAUGCCUGGGGUCUGAACAGUUGUAAAGCUCUGGUGUCUUCAUUUGAUUUUAGGAUUCCUUGAACGUUUUCCCAUACAUGAGAGACUAGAGGUACAUUAGCGUUUAGUUUCACCUCAUGGAAGUUAAGGACCCUUUGCUUAUAACUCUUGUGACUGUUCUGUCACUCUUCAUAGAUACGUUUCUCCUCAAAGAAUAGAAACUCUCCGUGGCAAUAAUUUUGGGCCAUUCUGUCCAUCUAUGUUAUACUUCCACUGAGAUAGGAUCUUUGAGACUAAUAAUGAAGGAUUAAGUGAAACAUGGUUGAAUAAGGAAUAAAAAAUGAGUAACUAAGAGACGAAAACAUGAUUUGAACAAAUCAAAAAUUUUAUAAACCAAUGCUGUCUUUUUACAAAGUAGGGUUUCAUAUUGGAAAAUGUUUUCUAACUCUCUGAGUCUCUCACUGCCCCAGUAGGAGAAAGUGCAAUGAAAUUUGAAAUUUUGCCAUCUUGAUCUUUUUUCACAUAUAAAAUUUGGUACCAGUUUUUCUUCUAUCUAUCUCAUUGGCUUGCUUUUAAGUAUAAGCAGAAUAAUUUGCUUAUCAUUCAUGUAAUAACAAACAUAGCUUAUUUAUGCACAUUAAUUUUUAUUUAAUGGUAACAGGUACAAGAUUCUGUGUUGAGCUUUAAAGCAGGACAUGCAGACCAGUAACUUGGUCCCAUGGGUAGAGGAACUAACUGGUCACUAAGCUUGACUUACCAAGUUUGAGCCUGUGGAUCCACAUAGUGAAAGGAGUAAACCAAUGCAUGCACAUUGUUCCCUUCUGACCUCUCUAUGCACACUGUGACAUGACACACUUGUCCCUGGUAAAAAGAAAAUUGAAAGUGUUAAAAAAAUCCCUUAAGGUAUGAUAUGUGUGAGUCAAUGUCUAAAUAAAUGUUUUGUCUGAACUUUCCUGAAUCUUAAUCCAAGUGGAACUAACUGCUCAUGACCUGCGUUGUAUUUGCACUGUCCUCAGCGAAUAUAUUUUAACCACCUAAAUAUUAAUUUGCCCUUGCCACCUAUGUUUUGUCAAUCAUGUUUCUCUUUAGCCUCAUUUUGGGGCCUGCAAUGCAUCUGACAGAUAUGAAGUGAGGAGUGAGUUAAUAAAUAUUGUCAUUCUCAUCUA